CUAAUUGACCGAAAUGAAUCAGCUGGAGCAGGUGUGCGCACUGGAGGGCCACAGCGAGCGCGCGUGGCACGUGUCCUGGCGCUUUGACGGCAAGUUACUGGCGUCGUGCAGUGGAGACCGCACUAUCCGCCUCUGGGCCGCCAACAAUAGCGGCGUCUGGGAGUGUGUGGGCAUCCUCGAGGACGCUCAGACUCGUACCAUUCGAGCCUGUGAAUGGUCGCCUGAUGGCCGCUACCUGGCUUCCGUGAGCUUCGACGGAACGACAGUCAUUUGGGAGAAACAGGGCAGCUCAUACGAAGUUAUCUCGAGUCUCGAAGGCCACGAGAGCGAGGUUAAGAGCGUGGCCUGGAGCCCCUCGGGUUCCUAUCUGGCCACAUGCAGUCGGGACAAGAGCGUCUGGAUCUGGGAAGCGGACGCCGACACAGACUUUGAGUGCAUUUCGGUGCUACACGGCCAUACGCAGGACGUUAAGUUCGUGGCCUGGCACCCGAAGGAAGACCUUCUCGUGUCGGCCAGUUAUGAUGAUACCAUCCGCGUUUGGGCUGAGAACGAUGACGACUGGUACUGCAAGAAGACGUUGACGGGCCACACGGCGACGGUGUGGGGCGUCGCGCUGAGUUCCCAAGGAACGGAGAUGGCGUCGGUGUCGGACGACACAGACGUGGUCAUCUGGCAGUACGACCCCAAUAGCAAGGAAGUUAAUGAGGACGGAAGCCCGAAGCAGUGGAGGCAGAAGUUUACACUGCCAAACUGCCACGAACGCACCAUCUUCAGCGUGGACUGGUCCAAGCAUGGCCACUACUUGGCGACUGGAGCGGCCGACAAUGCCAUCCGUGUGUUCCAAGGCCAACCGAGCGAUACUCCUACCUCUUUCGACCUUGCAAUCCAUCAGAAAGAAGCCCACGCAAGUGACAUAAACUGCGUCCGGUGGUGUCCACAGCUGAUAGAGGACAAAGGCAAGAAGGCGCUUCUGCUCGCCUCCGCAAGCGAUGACGCGCUUGUGCGUAUCUGGAGCAUGACUAUAUAACCGUGCUACCUCUACACGCCAAUCGUAUAGGGCUCUACAUAGAACAAAUAUCUUUUGAUGCAUCUAUACUUGGUCAUAAUAAACAUACCGGUCAGCAGGUCAAGCCCUCCGCUAUUGCAGUCGGGAUGCUCUGUGUUGUCCAAGAACUAGUACUGGUAGUGCAAUGACCAAGCUAUGUAGCGAGAAGACACGUGUGAGCCCAUAGGCGUUUCUCCACGGUUUUUUUUCGCGUUUCGCGUUCCUGUAUCCGAGUUUUAACGCGAUUGAUGAAGAAAACCAAACGACACUGUCUUUACGUUAGCGUAAGACCCUACAUGUAGAAUUGAAUCGCCUAGCA